UGGCUAAUCGCCCACUUGUUACUACAAUUGAAUGGCUGUGAGGACAUCAAAGAGAAGCACUAACCUCAAAUCCUGAGGUAACCUCAGGCUCACAGUUCUACUCCCAAAAGAAACAACAACAGGAAGCAAUUCGGGUAGCAUGAAAACCAUAGGAGAAAGUCUCUCGUGAUAAGUGGAUAUCAUGUUUUCUUGUUCUUUAACUGGAUUUUGCUUCCUGGGUUUUUCUGUUUAUUGCUAAUUUAUCUCUCAAAAUGCAAACUUUGAGUGUAUGGCCGUUGAGUGGUGGCUCAUGUGCGGUGCCCCAUUUAGAGUUUGAGGAGGAUUCCUCUUGUUUUUUGAGUACUAGAAGAGGCAGGAAGAGAUGUGGUCAUGUUGACAACGUUUUUCAAGGUGAAAGUUCUGGUUUUCCUAUGGUUUCUGGCAAUUUGAGGUAUGAUAGAAGUGGGACUUCUUGUGGGAGCUUAAAAUUUGGUGUGGAAAGUAGGUUUCUCUCCAAUUAUUCAAAGAUUAAAUAUGUGUGUUUUCGUGAGCCGAAGGAAGGCUCAUUUGGUUCAUCAUUGGCUUUGGCAUCGGCUUUGGAGCAACAAAAAAUUGGUAAUGAAUUUCAUAGAGUAGAAUCAAGUUUGGAUGAUCGGUCAUUAGUGAAACAUGAGAGAGAUAAAGUUGAUUAUGAUUUCGAUAGAAAUGAUGAUAACAGUGACGAAGAACAAAAAUGUGAGGUAGAUGUUGGAAGUGAGGGAGAAGUUGGGGAAGAACAGGAUGAAAAGAUUGAUGUCCCUGCGCUCGCUCAGAGCUUAUAUUUUGCAAAAACAGUGGAAGAUAUAGAAGAGGUUCUUAAGGAAAAGGGUGAAUUGCCUGUUCAAGUUUACUUAUCCAUGAUUAAGGGUUUUGGAUGGGACAAGAAAAUGGAGCCUGCAAUGGCUCUUGUUGAAUGGCUCAAGAUAAAGAAAGAAACAGAUGGUACUAUUGUUCCAAAUCUUUUCAUAUAUAAUAGUCUAUUAAGUGCAGUGAAACAGUCUGAACAAUAUGAAGAAACGGAAAAAAUCUUGGAAAGAAUGACUCAGGAGGGGGUUGCUCCCAAUGUGGUGACUUACAACAUUUUGAUGGUUAUUUAUGUCAAGCAAGGACAGGCUAAAAAGGCCCUUGAUAUUCUUGAAGAGAUGCAUAGGAAUGGUUUUACCCCAUCUGCUGCAUCCUAUUCUUCUGCUCUGUUGGCUUAUAGAAAAAUGGAAGACGGGGAUGGAGCUCUCAAGUUCUUUGUAGAAAUAAAAGACAAGUAUCUGAAAGGGGAAAUAGGAAAGGAUGCUGAUGAAGAUUGGGAAAGGGAAUAUGUUAAGCUCGAAAAUUUCACAAUUCGUGUUUGCUACCAGGUUAUGAGGCGGUGGCUUGUGAGGCUUGAAAACUUGAACACCAAUGUGUUAAAGCUUCUGACAGAUAUGGAUAAGGCUGAACUUCAACCUGGUCGGUCAGAUUAUGAGCGCCUUGUGUGGGCUUGUACCCGUGAAGAACAUUAUGUUGUUGCAAAAGAAUUGUACAUUAGGAUUAGAGAAAGGUGCUCUGAUAUAAGCUUAUCAGUCUGCAACCAUGUGAUUUGGUUGAUGGGAAAGGCUAAGAAGUGGUGGGCUGCCUUGGAGGUUUACGAGGAUUUGUUAGACAAGGGUCCAAAGCCAAAUAACCUUUCAUACGAAUUGAUUGUUUCAUACUUUAAUGUCCUACUUACUGCAGCUAAGAAGAGAGGAAUUUGGAGAUGGGGUGUCAGGUUGCUAAACAAGAUGGAAGAGAAAGGCCUGAAGCCAGGAAGCAAGGAAUGGAAUGCAGUUCUUGUUGCUUGUUCCAAGGCUUCAGAAACAGCUGCUGCUGUUCAGAUAUUUGGAAGAAUGGUUGAACAAGGUGAAAAGCCUACAGUUAUCUCCUAUGGAGCACUGCUUAGUGCCCUUGAAAAGGGUAGACUGUAUGAUGAGGCUGUCCGUGUAUGGGAGCAUAUGCUUAAGGUGGGUGUCAAGCCCAACGUGUAUGCAUACACUAUUAUGGCUUCGGUUUUCACUAGACAAGGGAAUUUUAGACUGGUUGAUGCAAUAAUCAAUGAAAUGGUUUCAACUGGUGUUGGGCCAACUGUUGUUACAUAUAAUGCAAUAAUCAGUGGAUGUGCUCGUAAUAAUUUGAGCAGUGCAGCAUAUGAAUGGUUUCACCGCAUGAAAGUCCAGAACAUCUCACCAAAUGAAAUUACAUAUGACAUGCUGAUAGAGGCUCUUGCAAAGAGUGGCAAACCAAGACUUGCAUAUGAGUUGUAUUUGAGGGCUCAAAAUGAAGACCUUCAACUCUCUCCGAAGGCUUAUGAUGCAGUUAUGCAUUCCUCUGAAGCUUAUGGGGCUACUAUUGACACAAGCGUUUUAGGACCUCGGCCACCAGAUAAAAAGAAGAAAGUUCAAAUCAGGAAAACUUUGACCGAAUUCUGUACUUUGGCUGAUGUUCCACGGAGAAGCAAACCAUUUAACAAGAAGGAAAUUUAUGCCUCACAAGCAGAAGGAAAACAAUGAGCGCAACUCCAAAUGUUAUUAUGUUGAUACUGUAUUCUUUCCAUACCUUUGUGGAUUUAGCUUCAUAGGCGACUAUGAUACUCCAAUGUUUUAGGUUCAGUUCUUUAAUAAACUAUAUGAAGUUGUAUUUCUAGUAUGUAAAA